CCACAUAUGUCUUGAAAAAAAUGGCACUGUCAUUCCUUGUUUAUACGAGACAGCAUUGAAUCGUAGCUAACAGACCCCAAAGUACACACAACACAUGCAAUGCAGUUAUUAUUCUAUCUUAUACAGACAUUUUCAUUCUCUCUCCCAAUCUCACAACAAGUCACAGACAAAUAUCCCCUUUGAUUCUCUCUUUCCCUCUUCAAACCCUGCGUGUCUCUGCGUGUACAAGACACACACACACAGUGAGAGAACAUCACAACACAAAGUCACAUACCACUUUCGUUGUUUUCUUUCACGUCAAAAAAAGAGAGAAGAAAAAUAGAAAAAAAGUUGUGUUCUCUGUUAUUACUCUGCAUGAAAACAGAGUCCCCUGUUUCUUGUUCUUAUUGCGAUGAAGUAUAUUAGGAGCAACAGCUUGAAGAGGCUCUUCUCGUUUGGAAGACGCGGUUUUGGGGAGGAAAACGAUGUAGGGUUGGUGGUUUCUCCUUGUGAAGAGCACCCUCCAAGACCCUCUUGGAAAUGCUUCUCUUAUGAAGAGUUAUUUGAUGCCACCAAUGGCUUUAGCUCAGAGAAUGUGAUUGGGAGAGGAGGGUAUGCAGAGGUUUAUAAGGGAACAUUGAAUGGUGGUGAUGAAGUUGCGGUGAAGAGGCUCACAAGAACUUCAACGGAUGAAAGGAAGGAGAAGGAGUUUCUGUUAGAGAUUGGAACCAUUGGUCACGUGCGCCAUUCCAACGUGUUGCCUCUUCUUGGGUGUUGCAUUGACAAUGGACUUUACCUGGUUUUUGAGCUAUCCACUGUUGGUUCUGUUGCUUCUCUUAUUCAUGAUGAGAACUUGCCUCCUUUGGAUUGGAAAACAAGGUAUAAGAUAGCUCUAGGCACUGCACGUGGCCUUCACUACUUGCACAAAGGCUGCAAGAGGAGGAUCAUUCAUAGGGACAUCAAGGCCUCAAACAUUUUGUUAACUGCAGAUUUUGAACCGAAGAUAUCUGAUUUUGGACUUGCAAGGUGGCUUCCCUCUCAGUGGACUCACCAUUCAAUAGCCCCAAUAGAAGGGACAUUUGGGCAUUUGGCACCUGAGUACUACUUGCAUGGAGUAGUGGAUGAGAAAACAGAUGUAUUUGCCUUUGGUGUGUUCUUGCUUGAAGUCAUCUCUGGGAGGAAACCAGUGGAUGGGUCUCACCAAAGCUUGCACAGCUGGGCUAAACCAAUACUAAGCAAAGGGGAGAUAGAAAAUUUGGUAGAUCCAAGGCUUGGAGGGGCUUAUGACGUGACACAGUUUAAUAGAGUAGCCUUUGCUGCCUCCCUUUGCAUUAGGGCAUCUGCAACUUGCAGACCUAUCAUGAGUGAGGUACUGGAGGUAAUGGAGGAGUGGGAGAUGGAUAAAGGGAAGUGGGAAAUGCCAGAGGAAGAAGAGCAAGAGGAGGAAUUAUGGGGUUUUGAGGAUCUGGAAUAUGAAUAUGACAGUUCCUUUUCAAUGUCACUACCAUACUCUGUUGGAAGUACUUAGGGUUAAAGGAGUUAGGUACAACUUUCAACUACUUGUACAUAUAUUGUUACAUAAAUAUAGAAGGUGCAGAUAAGCUUCUUGUGGCUGUUCUGUUUAACCAAAACUAUAUAACUUAAGUGUUUCUUUUUUGUAUUUAUGUGGAUGUAAAAUAUUUAUUAAAAUUGAACUCAGUUGCUUCGGCAAAUUGCAUGGCUUAAUUUUGACCCUA